AACUUCAUUUUUGACAAUAUUAAUUCGACAAUUUUAAGCUGAAAAUUAGGUAGUAAAUCGCGAGCUCGUCACUGAGAAAAGUACUACACUGACGCAAGCACAGUAUAAAAACCAUCCAAGAUAGCCGGGUUGCUCGUGCAUGCAUUCUAGUUAUCACAGCUCACAGCUAGUGCCAGCCAUGGCGAGCUCAGAGCACAGCGGCAUCCACGUCGUGCUGCUCCCGUACCCUAGCCAAGGCCACAUCAACCCGAUCCUCCAGUUCGGCAAGCGUCUCGCCGGCCAUCGCGGCGUCCGGUGCACCCUUGCCGUGACACGGUUCAUCCUCGGCCAGGGCGAGGCGUCCACGGGCGACGUCCACGUCGCUGCCUACUCCGACGGCUGCGAUGCCUGCGGCUUCCGCGAGGCCCGCGACGCCGACGACUACCUGUCCAGACUGGAGUCGGACGGGUCGGACACCGUCGACCGGCUCCUCUGCUCCGAGGCCGAGCAGAGGCGCCCGGUGCACGCGCUGGUGUACGACUCCGUCCUGACCUGGGCGCCGCGUGUGGCGACGCGCCACGGCGCGGCGAGCGCGGCUUUCUUCACGCAGGCGUGCGCGGUGAACGUGGUGUACGAGCACGUGUUCGAAGGCCGGAUCAAGCUACCGCUUGCCGCCGGCGAGGAGCCGCUGCAGUUGCCAGGCCUGCCAGUCGACCUCAGGCUGGACGAGCUGCCGACGUUCUUGGCCGACACGAAGGGGGACAGCCCGGCGUACCUCGACCUGGUCGUGAACCAGUUCAAGAACCUGGACAUGGCCGACCAUGUCCUCGUAAACUCCUUCUAUGAGCUGCAGCCACAGGAAGCGGAGCACAUGUCGUCGGCGUGGCGAGCCAAGACGGUGGGACCGACCGUGCCGUCAGCGUACCUCGACAACCGCCUCCCGGACGACAGGGCGUACGGCUUCCACCUCUUCGCGACGGCGACGGAGACGAAAGCCUGGCUGGACGCAAGGGCGGCGCGGUCCGUCGCGUACGUCUCCUUCGGCAGCGUCGCGGAGCCGAGCCCGGCGCAGAUGGCCGAGGUGGCGGAGGGCCUGUACAACACCGGCAAGCCCUUCCUCUGGGUGGUCAGGGCGUCGGAGACAUCCAAGAUACCGGAAGACUUCGCCGGCAAGGUGGCGGCGGAGGCGGGGAGGGGGCUCAUCGUGGCGUGGUGCCCGCAGCUGGAAGUGCUGGCGCACCCGGCCGUCGGGUGCUUCGUGACGCACUGCGGGUGGAACUCGACAACGGAGGCGCUGAGCGCCGGCGUGCCGAUGGUGGCGGUGCCGCAGUGGUCGGACCAGACGGUGAACGCCAUGUACAUCUCGGACGUGUGGCGCGUCGGCGUGCGGGUGCGGCCGGACGGCGAGGGGGUGGUGAGGAAGGAGGAGUUGGCGAGGCGCGUGCGGGAGGUGAUGGAAGGCGAGAGGAGCGAGGAGUACGUGAGGAACGCGGCGGAUUGGAAGGAGAAGGCAAGAACAGCCAUGAGCGAAGACGGCAGCUCGGACAAGAACAUCGUCGAGUUCCUCACCAAAAUUGGAAUGAAGAUUUAGGCAUUGAGACCCACAGAGUCGUCCACUAUCAUAUUUCUCUCGGUUAAUCGUUCCAGCUUCAUGUUUCCCGUUACAAUAAGGUGAAUAAGAACGAGUUCAAUGAUAUUGCCGACAGAGUCCUUGCUUCUUUGCUGUCCAGAUCUAGAGACAAUGGUACGAUGGGGCUCGCUCCCAGACGACGGUGGAGAUGAGGGACCGUGUUGUCGGACAACCAAGAGAUGCUGACAGGCCCCAUGCGUCUCACAUGGAGCUCUUGGCCGACACGACGUUGAACUCACCGCCGAUCAAGAUCGCAA